AUGGCAACGACACAGCCACCAGCAGGGCCAGCCGGGCCAGGAGCACGCCCACCACGCCCACCACCACCCGGACAGCGUGUGCAGAUAACUCCAGAGAUUGCUCAGCAAAUGGCAGCCAAAAUGCGUCAACAGCAGCAGCAGCAGCAAAUGUCUGCACCGCCGCCACCACCGAUCAGUCCUGCUGAAGUCGAUUUCGUUGAGCAGCCAGUGCGCGCUAAGGGUAGUAGAGUGCAUGUCGACAGCUCAGCCGCAUCAAAUCCACCAAACGCAAGUGGAAAGGCAUCAGACGCACCAGUCGCAUCAGAGAAGCUCCAAUCAGUGUGCAAUGACAUUAACUACCUCAUAAACAAACUCGAACAACACCCAGAAUACGCUGUACCACCACCGCCCACUAUCAUGAAACCACACCGCUCUCAGCAAUUCACAAAGUCUAAGGAAGACGGUAAUGCAAAGUUUAAAGAAGGCAAAUUGGACGACGCGAUACAACUCUUUUCAGCCGCUGUUGAUCUUGCUGCUGAUAGACCGCCUUGGGAAUCACAUGUUUUGGCUCGCGAGGAGCUCUCACUAGCGCUGUCUAAUCGCUCGCUAUGUUUUCAUAAUAAGGGCGAUUUCGAAAAGAGCCUCUCGGAUGCUAAUGCUGUCGUCGAAAUCAAGAAAGCUUGGUCUAAAGGUCAUUUUAGAAAGGGUAAGGCUCUCAUCGCACUCGAUAAACUCCAGGAAGCGCGCGACGCUAUCCUCUUAGGCCUUGACUUUGAACCUUCGAACGACGAUCUCAAGAAUGCUUUGACAGAGAUAGACACAAAGAUCAUUUCUAAUCAUCACGCUAAGCAGCAGCACAACAAGUUGUAA